GUUUCUCAAGUGGCAAAAAUAGCUUCAGUCUCUUUGAUUGGUGAAAUGAAAAAUGAAAUCAGUGAAGGGAGUGGAUGUCCAUAUAUACAGGCUUGUGCCUCAUAUGCCAAACAAAUUGGUGCCAACACAAACAGUGCAAUACAAAAAGGUCUCAACCCAGCUUUUAUCAUUUACAUAGCUGGCCCAUACCUUGGUGUUGCAGGAGCAGUUUUUGGCAAUGAUUUUACAAUGAAACCUCUCACUUCUAUGUUGCCUCUUCUAUAUUUAAAGAAUGCUCCAGAAAUGAUGAUGGUUACUGUCCAUACUUUAGCAGCAUUAAAACUUGUUCUACAAACAUACCAGACUCAGAAACUGUACAUCGAUUACUUUUUCUAA